UAAAACCCAGCCUGAACCUUCGUGAUAUCGAACCCUAAUGAACACAAGUUCGAAUCAGAAAGAACGAGAAGCUCUCUUUUUCUUUUCUGUUCUGUGCCCUAGAUCCAGUUUGCCAUCGUCGUCAUCCUUUCUCCGCUGUCUCUGGGCCUUUCAAUCGUAGAGCCACCGCCGUUCGUCUUCGAUAACAGGAUUUUUGUCAGAUUUCCGGCGAGUUUCCAUCCAUUUCCCUUUUUUCGAUUUCCCCUGCCUUUGUCUCCCGCGAAUUAGAUUUCUGGUCGGAGCUGAGGAAUGGAGCUGGACACUGCUGCUUUCUCGGACUCUCUGGAUUUUAAGGUGAACGAGUUGUUGAAAGAUGUUCGUCUAGAUUACGUCCCGUCUUUCACCGAACUUGUCGACGGCGUCGUUGAGUCGAUCAAAGAUGCUAUUGCCAAAAUCCCAGAGGAUCUGAAGGUUGGGUCAGAUUUGGCUCCCGGUUUCAUUAGGGACAUCAGGACGGACAAAGUAGAGUUCAAUUUCAAGAAGCCAAAGCCAAAUGAUUUCAAACUCUGUGGCAGUCACUCCAUACAUAGCAUGGCAAAGCCUGAUUCCAAUGUUGAUCUUCUUGUUCGUUUGCCUAAGGAGUGUUUUUACGAGAAGGACUACAUGAAUCAUCGUUACCAUGCUAAACGAUGCUUAUAUCUCUGUGUAAUCAGAAAGUAUUUGUUGUUAUCGUCUUCCUUUGCGAAGGUCGAAUGGUCAACCCUGCAGAACGAGGCCCGGAAGCCGAUCCUAGUUGUGUUUCCAGCUAAGAAGCUUGUUGAGGUGCCUGGGUUUUCUGUAAGAAUAAUUCCUGCAGCUACAUCGUUGUUUAACGUUGCAAAAUUGAGUUUGAACAGAAACAAUGUCCGCUCUGCGAGUCAUGAGGGUGUCUCUCAGCCUACACCAACUUACAACUCAAGCGUUUUGGAAGACAUGUUUUUGGAGGAAAAUUCGGAGUUUCUCAAGAAAACCUUCUCUGGGUGGAAGGAAUUGGGCGAUGCCUUGGUCUUGUUAAAGAUUUGGGUGAGACAAAGGAGCUCAAUAUAUGCCCACGAUUGUUUAAAUGGAUUUCUCAUCUCUAUGAUUCUUGCAUACAUUGCGAACCAUGACAAGAUUACCAAAUCACUAAAGGCGCUGGAGAUAUUUAGAGUUACGUUGGAUUUCAUUGCCACCUCUAAACUAUGGGAGAGGGGCCUCUACUUUCCACCACAGAACGAAAAAAGUGUCUCCAAAGAGGAGAAGGCGCAGUUUCGGCAGUCAUUUCCAGUUGUUUUAUGUGAUUCAUCCAGCCAUGUAAAUUUGGCUUUCCGGAUGAGUAGUGUUGGAUUCCAGGAGCUCCAAGAUGAGGCUGCUUUGACGCUUAAAUGCAUGGGGAAAUCGAGAGAUGGAGGGUUCGAGGAUAUUUUCAUGACUAAGAUUGAUUAUCUUGUUAAGUAUGACUAUUGCAUAAGGUUAAAUCUAAAAGGGAAAACGACAGUCUACACGUCAGGAUUUUGUUUGGAUAAGGAGUGUUGGAGAAUGUAUGAGCAGAAAGUGCAUAGCCUGCUGCAUCAAGGACUGAGUGACAGAGCAAAAUUAAUUAGGGUUGUUUGGAAGAAUACCCAUCUGGAUUGGCAUAUAGAGAAUGGAUUGUCUGGGCUUGACACAGAAGCAUUGUUCGUUGGCAUUUCAGUCAGUUCUGUCGAGAAGGCUUUUAGAAUGGUCGAUAUUGGGCCAAAUGCAGAAAACAAGAUAGAGUCUCUCAAGUUCCGGAAGUUUUGGGGGGAAAAGGCUGAGUUGAGGAGAUUUAAGGACGGAAGAAUUGCAGAAAGCACAGUUUGGGAGACUCAUCACUGGACCAGACAUCUUAUCAUGAAACAAAUUAUUGAUUACGUGUUUCGGCGUCAUCUUUCACUCUCUUCCGAAGACAUUGUGCAAAUAGUGGAUCAACUCGAUUUCUCUCUGAUCAGCGGUGAUAAAGACCCUAUUUCUUUAUCUGGAUCUUUACUUGGAGCUUUUGAUGUUUUAUCGAAAUGUCUGCGUGAGAUUGAAGAUAUUCCUCUGAAAGUGUCUAGUGUUCAGCCUUUAGAUUCAGCUCUCCGGUUUACAUCUGUGUUCCCUCCUGAGCCUCACCCAGUGGCCAACGAAAAGGUUGAUGCUCGAAGAUUGCAUAAGCUUACGCCAUCGUGCAUUCCAGCGAUGGAGGUCAUGAUUCAGCUGGAAGGGUCUGGUAAUUGGCCUAUGGAUGAUUUGGCCAUUGAGAAAACUAAAUCUGCCUUCCUCCUCAAAAUUGCAGAGAGCCUUCAGAACAGUGAGGGAAUACCAAGUACAGCUACAGAGGAUGAUGUUGAUGUUUUCAUGGGUGGUUAUGCAUUUCGCCUGAGAAUAUUGCAUGAAAGAGGCCUCAAUUUGGUGAAAAGAGAAAGUGGAGCUGAUCCAAUGAAGGGAAUUCAAUCCACAGAUAAAAUGCUUUUUUUGCGCAGUCAGCAUGCUAGCAUGAUCAAUGGUUUGCAAGGUCGCUUUCCCAUAUAUGCGCCAGUUGUCAGGUUUGCAAAACGAUGGGUUGCUUCACAUCUUUUUUCGGCUUGCUUGAUGGAAGAGGCUGUUGAACUUUUGGUAGCACAUGUCUUCCUCAAACCUCUGCCACUUGGUGUUCCUUGCUCACGGGUUAAUGGGUUCUUAAGGUUCUUAAGGUUACUAGCAGACUAUGAUUGGAUGUUCUGUCCGCUGAUUGUUGACAUAAACGAUGACUUGAGCAGAAAUGACGAGAAGGAGAUAAAUGAUAACUUUAUGUCAAGCCGGAAAGGGUACGAGGAAGACAAGCAAAAUAUAAGUUCAGCAAUGUUCUUGGCUACAUCUUAUGACAAGGCAUCUGAAGCCUGGACAAGAAACUCACCGAACUCGUUGGAACUGAAAAGGUUGGUUGCUUAUGCCCGAAGCAGCGCAAACUUGUUAAGCAAGCUUGUAUUACAUGAGCAGAAUGAUUCGGUUCGAUGGGAGUGCCUUUUCAGGACGCCAUUGAACAACUAUGAUGCGGUUGUUCUUCUCCAUAGAGACAGAUUACCUUACCCUCAACGUCUUCUAUUUCCAUCUGAACUUAACCAAGGUAAGCACGUGGCCCGUGGAAAAGCAAGCAACGCAUUUCACCCGUUUUUGUUGCAUAGAGAUUCGAAGAGAAGUCCCGGUGAGCUUAAAGAUAAGCUAAUGGUGAAUUUCGAGCCCACAGAGUGCUUCGUGCGGGAGUUACAGAAAGAGAUAAAGACGCUGAAGCCAUGGUACGACCAUAUUGGAGGCGACGUGAUUGGCCUAACGUGGGAGAAACCCAAUUCAAAGAAACGAGAAAGAGAAGAAGAAGGAGAAGAAGAAGGUAGAAAUCCGGAAGAGAAGCUAAAGCAGGUGGGAGAGAUAGGGAAAGGAAUGGUGAGGGACGUAUACUUGCUCAAGCCUCCACGCCUCGCCUGACCCUUCGUUUGCAGUUAGAUUGCCAAGGCAAGUUUUGUCAUGUAACCUGUUUUAUCUUUGCUUGGUUUUUGUUAUGACCUACUCCUCCCCAUAGAAUUAAUUAUUCUUGGUUUCACUGUAAACGAUUUGGUUGGACAAGUGAUAUUCAUCAUCUUAAUUUAAUAUAAAA